UUAGUGCAUGGUCAUACAACCGGGUCCGGAUGACAUAUAAUUGGGCCCAGAAAGUAUGGCCGUUGCAGGGUUAUUCGGCCCAUCAUCAUAGUCGUUGAGAGCCCAUAAAGAACCGUGUCGUUUUGACAGAGUGCCUGCAUAAUUUGCUAGAAAAUCCAGUUUUUGGCUCGUGUAAGUAGAAACAAGAAACGUGCAUGCCGCAGCUGUAUGAAGCGCUGAUACAGAAAUGCAUCUCCAUAACCACAUUGAAGAAAGCACGCCGGUUACAUGCUCUAAUCCUAACUACCACCACAGUAGACGAUGCACAAUCUCCAUACCUCAACAACAACCUCAUCUCAUUGUACGCUCGAUGUGGCUCGCCCAGCGACGCACAGGUGGUGUUCGACAAAAUGCCUCAAAGAAACACUGUUUCCUUCAAUGCUCUCAUUGCUGGCUAUUCUCGAAUCCAGAAACGUGCUGUUUCGGCCCUCGAACUGUUUCACCAGAUGGAGAAUGAAGGUCUAAGGCCUAAUGGGUCCACAUGCACCAGUGUCCUGCAAGCUUGUUCUUCGCUUGAGGAUAGGUUCAUGGGGGAACUAUGUCAUGCCCAGGUAUUGAAGUUAGGGUUUUUGAAUGAAACGCGUGUUCAAACUUCUCUGCUUGGAAUGUACUCAAAUUGUGGGGAUAUGGAGGCUGCCAGAGAAGUUUUUAGUUGCAUAGGUGAGAGAGAUGUUGUUGCUUGGAAUUCUUUGAUAUAUGGGAAUUUGAAGAAUGAUAACAUAAACGAAGGGUUUUAUUUAUCUAGUGCAAUGGUGAGAUCAGGUGUUAGUCGAACACAAUUCACAUACUCAAUGUUCUUGAAUGCCUGUGGAAGAUUGGGAGAAUAUAGUUGUGGCCAAGUCAUUCAUGCCCAGCUUAUUGUUUCAAAUGUCUUAGCUGACUUGCCCCUGCAAAAUUCUUUGCUAGAUAUGUACUCGAGUUGCGGUGAUAUGAAAACAGCUUUUGAUGUCUUUGAUAGAAUGGAAAACAUGGAUUUGGUUUCGUGGAACUCGAUCAUAUCUGGGUAUUCAGAAAAUGGAGAUGGAGAGAUGGCCAUUAAUUUGUUUCUGGAAUUGCUAGGAAUGUCUCUUCCUAAGCCCGAUGAGUAUACUUUUGCAGCCAUUGUUUCUGCGACUAGUUCAUUCCCUGCUUCUGAUUAUGGGAAACCUAUACAUGCCCAAAUUGUGAGACAAGGAUUCGAAAGGAGUAUCUUUGUUGGAAGUACUCUUGUGUCUAUGUAUUUCAAAAGUGGGGAGACGGAAUCUGCACAGCAGGUUUUCAAUUUGAUUUCGAAAAAGGAUGUUGUUAUCUGGACAGAGAUGAUUGUGGGUCAUUCUAGAUUGGCUGAAGGGGAAAGAGCAAUUAAAUUUUUCUAUGAUAUGUGUGGGGAAGGCCAUAAGAUUGACAGCUUUGCCCUUAGUGGAGUUAUAAGUGCAUGUGCUGACCUUUCAAUAUUGAGACAAGGUGAGAUGAUUCAUUCGCAGGCUGUAAAAACAGGACUUGAUGUUGAAAUGCCCGUCUGUGGGAGUCUUGUGAAUAUGUAUGCCAAAAAUGGUGUUCUUCCAGCCGCUCAAUCAAUAUUUUCCCAAGUUCCCGUCCCUGAUUUGAAGUGCUGGAAUUCAAUGCUUGGAGGAUACAGUUACCAUGGAUUGGCUGUGGAAGCAUUGAAGAUUUUUGAGGAGAUCCUGAAUCAUGGUCUUAAACCAGAUGCAGUGACAUUUUUGUCUCUGUUGUCUGCUUGUAGCUACGGGGGCUUGGUUGAAAGAGGAAAGUUCUUAUGGGGAUAUAUGAAGGAUAAUGGUUUGUUACCUGGGCCUAGGCACUACUCUUGCAUGGUAUGCUUGUUAAGUAGAGCAGGACUGGUGGAUGAGGCAGAAGAAAUGAUUAAUGAAUCGCGAUUCUCUGCUGACCAUCUAGAAUCAUGGAGAACUUUACUAAGCUCAUGUGUCGUCAAUAGAAAUUUAGAGGUAGGCAUUCGUGCAGCAGAGGAAGUUCUGAGAUUGGAUUCAGAAGAUACUGCAACCCAUGUUUUGCUUUCAAAUCUUUAUGCUGUCACGGGAAGAUGGGAUUAUGUUGCAGAAAUGAGGAAGAAGAUGAGAAGAUUAGUGUUAGGAAAGGAUCCUGGAUUAAGUUGGAUCGAGGCCAAAAACAAUGUACACGUAUUCUCUUCUGGUGAUCAAUCACAUCCAGAGUUUGAUGAAGCCAAAGCAGAAUUGCAUAGAUUACAAAGCAACAUGAUAAAGCCAAUUAUAGACGAACUGAUACAACCAUGGAACCUGCAUAGUCAGACAAGUGACAUGCUGGAGUUUACAAGUGUGGCAUGACUUCUCACGAACCAGGAAAAUUUGUAACCUUCAGCUGAAACUCAGCCUAUUCUGACCGAAAAUGGGAAGUCCAACCAGACGGGCUGAAUAUUAACUACAACCUGAGUCGACAUUUUUGAGAACUUUGCUCCAGCUAAGAGAAAAAAGGGAGAUGCUGCCAUGCAACGAGGGUUAUUGGUUUUUAUAUUUUAUGAAAGGAAUAUGUGGAUUACCUAAGAAGUUUGCUUGCCGCAAUAUGUGAUUCUCUAGAAAAAUAGUGCAAUGCUGCAGCGGGAUUCAAAGAUGAGAUUGAAGCAUGGAGUGAUGUUGCAGUCAAUUGCUAAUUUGUGGGAUCAUUCGGAAAGACAUAGCAGAGAAGAAAUCAAUUUGUCCUUUGAAAGAUUGAUUGUUUCCUAUAUUGUCAUUGAUAUGAUGACUCUACCGCUCUUGAUGGAAGUUUGUUUUUUGAAUGUAAUCAAUACUGUACACUACCUAGGGCCAUACCAUCAAAAUUUGGUAUCUGCCAAAAUAAUGUGCAAUGCUGUGUGCAAAAUGUGCAAUGCAGAUUUUACAUUUAGUGAUUCUUUGGAAAGCCUUACAA